AUGUCGUCGGAGAUUCCCCUGUAUGACAUCGUCAUCAUCGGUGCCGGUCCUGUAGGAUUGUUGCUCUCAGUUUGCCUCUCGAGAUGGGGCUACAAAGUCAAACAUAUCGAUAACCGGCCAGUACCUACUGCUACUGGAAGAGCAGACGGCAUUCAACCCAGAUCAAUUGAAAUCCUGAGGAACCUUGGAUUAAAAUCAAAGAUUAUGGCUCAUCAUCCGGCCAGAGUAUUCGAGGUAGCAUUCUGGGAUCCAGCUCCUCAAGGGAAAAUUGUGCGAACUGGUACCUGGGCAAGCUGUCCGGAAUUCCUUGACGCCCGAUAUCCAUUCACAGCACUCCUCCAUCAAGGACUGAUCGAAAGAGUGCUUAUCGAGGACAUCGAAAAGAACGGAACGACAGUCCAACGGCCGUGGACUAUUGCCGGGUUCGCAACCAACCAUGCGAAUCCCGACUACCCGGUUGAAGUCGAGUUGAAGAAUCUCGACAGCAACGUGUCGGAGACUGUCCGUGCGAAGUACCUCUAUAGCGGAGAAGGAGCACGAAGCUUUGUCCGUGAGCAAUUAGGCGUUCAGAUCCGUCACAAGGAUCCCAUCUCUCACGUCUGGGGUGUCAUGGAUGGUGUUGUCCGUACCAACUUCCCGGAUAUCAAGAUGAAAUGUACCAUUCACUCCGACCACGGCAGCAUUAUGGUCAUCCCUCGCGAGAACAAUAUGGUCAGACUGUACAUUCAGAUUGCAAGUUCGACAGAUCCCGAUUUCAACCCACGGAAAACUGCAACCGUCGCGGAAGUGCAGGCGGCUGCUAAGCGCAUCCUGCAGCCUUAUUAUCUCACGUGGGAUCGAGUGGAAUGGUAUUCUGUUUAUCCGAUUGGCCAGGGUAUCGCUGACAAGUAUACUCUGGACCAUCGUGUCUUCAUGGGAGGUGAUGUCUGCCACACUCACUCUCCCAAGGCAGGCCAAGGAAUGAAUACCGCUUUCCAUGACGCCAUCAACUUCGCAUGGAAGAUGCAUCUAGUGGAGUCAGGCUUUGCCAAACGAGACACGCUUGAGACUUACGAGGUCGAACGCAAGUUCAUUGCUGAAACCCUGCUCAACUUCGACAACAAGUAUGCGGCGCUCUUCUCACAAAGACAACCCACAGCAGACGAGGUCUCCGAUGCAACCAAAGGCCCCGAGGGAGCCGAGAAUCCAUUUGUGGAGAUGUUCAAGGCCAACUGCGAGUUCACUUCUGGUUUCGGUGUCGCCUACAAUGGCAACAUUUUCAACCAUACGAAGGAACAUGGUUUUCAACAUCCCCUCCUGAUCACAGAUUCACCGACACUCCGCUCAGGUCGCAUUAUUCCCCCAGCAGAUGUAACACGUGUUGUUGAUGCCAACAUGGUGCAUCUAGAAAACGAGAUCCCAUUCAAUGGCGCAUUCCGGUUAUUCGUGUUUGGAGGACUUUCUGCAUCUCCCAAGAAGGGACAACAUAAGGCUCUCGCUGACCUGUCAUCUGGACUCUUGAAAGCCGGUUCAUUCUAUUCUCGUUUCGCAUAUGAUGACCAGAAAAGGGACAUCCAUCACGACAGCGACAACCCACAUUCUCGGUUUUUUUCUCUUGCACUUACACUCGCUGCGAGGAGGCCUGAAAUUGAGAUCUCAGAGCUACCAGAGUUGUUCCAUGAUUACAGUGGACGCAUCUAUGCAGAUGAUCGACGGGACCUCAAAGUGCUGGACGCAAAAGCUUCAGCACAUGCUAAGGCUGGCCUGACAGACGGUGAAGGUGCUGUGGUUGUAGUGCGACCCGAUGGACAUGUUGGUGUUGCUAUCCGGUUGGUCGAGGGUAACGGCACGGUUGAGGCGCUCGAGGGAUACUUCAAGGGCUUUACCACCCAAAACUCCCUAUCGCCGCCAGACAGAAGACUCGGUGGUGGUGCCGAGCAUGUUCGUGCACAACUGUGA